UAAACCCUCACACCGCUGCGAGUCAGGACCGUUUUUCAUGAAACCUCCUCUGGCUUUUUGCUUAUGGGUGCAUCGACACAGCCCGUCAAAAGAGAGCUGUAGGACCGCUGGCCCUCAAUCGCUCAUUUCUUCUCUUGCCAGAAACCAACAUAAAGAAGAUGUCUGACGCCCUUUGUAUUGUGGGUUCAUAUUUUGGAUCCACAGAAGGACAGCAAGAUUGUGGUUCUUGUUACCUGAUAAAUAUGGGCUCUGUAAUUGGCAUUAUCGCCUCUGACAUCCUCUUGACCAUCUUCAUCAUGAUUUCUGUGUUCUGCUUUGCAACUCAUAUCAAGAAAAGGAGGAAGUGGGAUUCUCGUGAUGGAAAAAAAAAUCCACCAACAUCAUCAGUUUCAAAGAAAAUGGCAACAGAACUCACAGAAUCUCCCUACCAGGAGUUACAUGGAAUCCAAUCAGAUGUGUACAGCGAUCUUCAGCAGUUUAGGAAAUGAAACAAAGGAACUAUAAAAAAAACAGCAAUGCCUUAGCUAUAACUGGAAAACACUCCUCUUGUUUCCUUAAACUCCAGCAGCAUUAUAUGUAAUAACAAUCGUUACAUUUAUAUGUUUUGCAUGAUUUAAUAAUGUUGUUUUGCUUUUUUGUAAAUCUUAAGCUGUCUUCAAAUUAUAUAUUUUCUAUUUAACCAAUUGUAAAUUAAACUACAUUUUAAAAACAAGAAAAAUAAUUAAGAUACAUUAUGUACUUGUUCUUUUAUUCUGUAUUUCACACGAUUAUAUU